UUUUUUUUUUCUUUUUUCUUUAAUUAUAAUUAUUAGAUUAAAAAAAAAACUAAUGGAAUCUCAACAAUCAAGCUCCUCUGGUGUAGAUAUUAAAAACAAGAACGGUAGUUUUACUGCUCCCACACCUCAAAAUACACCAAUCAAUCCUGCUCCUAUUACUUCAAAUUAUCGUCCUUCUAUUCCCGCUAUUUCUGAAGAUGCAGAAACGAUUAAUACUAAGGGUUCAUCAUCUAAUGAUAACCCUCUCGCCGGUGCAUUCACUGGUAAUCCAGCUCUUAUCAGCAUGCUUCAGGGUAAAUUAGGUACUUUGGUAGGCCGUCCUUCAGGUUAUAUCGAUCAAUUACCUGCAUCUGUCAAACGUCGUUUGAAUGGUCUCAAAUACCUUCAAUCAAAGCAUGCUGAACUUGAAAAUAAAUUCCAAGAAGAGGUUUUGGCUUUAGAAAAGAAAUAUCUUGAACUCUAUCAACCUUUAUAUGAUAAACGUGCCAAGAUGAUCAAUGGUACAUAUGAACCUACUGAUGAAGAAGUUGCUUUGGGUAAAAAAGUAGAUGAAGAGGAAGAUGUGGAAGAAGAGGAAGAAGAAGAUAAAAAGACAGCAAAUGAAGAAGAAGAUGAUGAUGUAAAGGGUGUUCCUGAAUUCUGGUUAACUUUAUUAAAGAAUCAUCCCCAAAUUUUUGAAACAAUUACUGAAGAAGAUGAAGGAGCCUUGAAACAUUUAUUGGAUGUUCGUAUGUCUUAUAUGGAUCAGCCUGGCUUCAAACUUGAAUUUGAAUUUUCUGAAAAUGACUACUUUACUAAUAAGGUUCUCACAAAGACUUACUACUAUCAAGACCAUGCUUAUGGUGGUGACUUUGUUUAUGAUCACGCUGAGGGUUGUCAAGUGGAUUGGAAGGAAGGUAAAGACUUAACCGUCACUGUUGAAACUAAAAAGCAACGUCAUAAAGGCACCAAUAAGACUCGUGUCGUCAAACGUACCGUUCCUUCUAAUUCCUUCUUCCACUUCUUUAAUCCUCCUACUAUUCCUGAUGAAGAUGAAGAACUUGAUGAAGAAGAAGCCGAAGGUUUAGAUGCAAAACUUGAAGCCGAUUAUGAAAUGGGUGAAGAAUUUAAAGAUAAGAUUAUUCCACAUGCUGUUGAUUACUUUACUGGCAAAGCACUUCAAUACGAAGACUAUGAAGACGAAGAUGAUUAUAAUGACUACUAUGAAGAUGAAGAUGACGAAGAAGAAGAUGAUGAUGAAGAAGAUGAUGAUGACGAUGAUGAUGAUGAUUCUACUCCUGCUAAAUCAGAGAAUGCUCCUGAAUGCAAGCAAUCUUAAUUUCAUCUAUU